AAUCAAUCCUUGUCUACGGCGACCCUUGCAUCGCUAGAAACCUGCAACUGAGAAUGAUACAUUUCGUGAUUAGGAAAAUCGAACGCGGAAGAGGUCGGUGUUGGAUGCGUUAACGUGGUCCACGGGGCUGCAAUCAAAGCGGUGCUGUUCCAUUCUUUCGAUUUCUGUGAAAUUGCGAAGAAAUCGCGACAAAAUGAGUAAAAAGAAAAUGAAGGGGCGUACAAUGGAGCUGACCGAUUUUCUUUCGGAAGGUGGAAAGCCGGUGCAAGCUGGGUAUACGCUAGUCCAAAAGAAAAUUGACUGGUCCGACGAAAACAAUUACACACAAACGAUCCACGAGAUGGUUCUUCCCACAGCUCCGAUGUCUUCCCGAGGAGGUCGGGUUGACGACUCAAAGGUCCCAACGGAGCCACCAUAUACUGCUUACCUCGGAAACCUUCCAUUUGAUAUCGGCGAAGAGGAAAUUGCAAAUUUUUUUCAUGAACUAAAGAUAUCAUCGAUUCGUCUCGUCACCGACAGCGCCAAACGACCAAGGGGUUAUGGCUACGCCGAGUUCGAGGACCGUCGUUCGCUCGUUGAAGCGCUCGGCUUCGAUGGGGAUCAGUUGAGAAACAGGCCAAUUAAAAUUGGCUUGGCAAGCGAGUACGAAGAUUACAAAGGUCCGUUUGGCAUCAGAGACCGGACAGGCUUUGGCCUUCGAAGCGAUCGUAAUGAUAGACCCGAAAGGGACCUGGGCACCGAUUGGCGAGCCUCCCGCAGAGAAGAUCCCCCGAUGAGUCGCGGUUAUGAAGACAGCAGAGGCUACUCGAGGGCUGGUGAUCGGUAUGGUGACCGUUAUGGCGACAGGGAUCGCGGGGGCUUUGGUGACAGGGAUCGUGAGAUGAGUCGCGACUGGAGGUCGAGCGAAGGCCGAGGUGGUUUUGAACAACGGGACAAUCGUGAUCGUGGUGGAUUCGGCGGUCGCUACGAACCGCCACGAGACUCGAGGGACUACCGUGGAGAUGAUUCGGGAGGACCACUUGAAAGACCGAAGUUGAAUUUAGCUCCGAGAACGAAGCCCGUCGAGCCCAUUAAGGUGAUUCCGAUUAAAGCAGACGAGCCGGCUCCCGAACCGCCUCGACCAAAGAUUGAUAAGCCCAAGAAUGCCGACAUCUUUGGAGCUGCCAAGCCGGUCGAUACGGCCGCCCGAGAGCGAGAGAUCGAGGCAAAACUCGCUGCCCAAGCAAAGGAGGCUGCCAAAGAAGAGGAAGAACGCGAAAAAGAGAGACUUGCACAAGUUCAGUACGUAAACCACGAGAAUAACAACGAGCCCACUCCACGUUCCUAUCAGCAACCCAGACAAGAGAGAUCGUGGCGUGAUGAAUCUCGCGAAGAAAAAGAAAAGCGAGAACGCGACCGGAAGGCUCGUGCCGAUAGAAGAGUGGCAGCCCCACAGCAGCCAAACGAAAAUGAAACCAUCGUGGUGACUAGCAGGAAUAAAUUUUCCGAUCUAGACGACGCUGAUGGUGCCCCAUGCGAAAGCGAGGGCGAAGUAGAUGAAGAUCACGCAACCGUCGACUGCUGUAAAUAACGAAAUGAAGAGAGAGAAAGAGAGAGAGACAAAAAGAGAAAAAUAUGAUAAUAAUAAUAAGAAUACUAAUGAUGCUUCUAACAAGAACAAGACGACAUAUAUUCUUAUUAUUAUUGCUAUUAUCAUUAAAAAACAAAGCACAACUAUGAACCAGGCGGUUAUAAAAGUAACGGUGAUGAUGAUAAUCAUCGAAACGAUCAACACAGCAACUGAACCACAAAAGUUGGCAAGUUGGCGUUGGCCAACAAAAAGAGAACACCAUACAACGUCGCGCACGAUCAUGGUUUCCCAUGAUAGUAACAAAAGCAUUAUUACCCCAGCAUUGUCCGUCGUGGCAUCCUCCUCGAAAUCGAAUGUCGUUAGUGUUGUUGACGUUGUCAUUUUUGAAAACAACAGCAGCAGCAGCAACAGAAACAGAAGGAAGAGUAGAGUUAUAAACAGCCACAGGUAACCUAUAUACUUCCCUACCCUCGGUGGCGGGGCGACCCGUCAGCUCUUAACCCGUUCGUUCCCAAAGACGCAAAUGACGAGCAUCGAGCGAAAAUAAGGUGCAGAUUUAACACAAUGUGGCCACACUUAAAAAUGCACUAAAUCAACUUGCAUACAAACAGGCUUCCGUUUUUUGAUUGAGUUAGUGAGCCUUUACCGAUCGGAGCAAGUUGCAAAUUAAUUCCAGUGUGGGUAUUUUGUUCAAAUAUAAAUAUGACCAGAGGGAGUCGAGUCUCGUGGAGGGUGAGAAGGAAUUUUCAAACGUUCAAUUGUGGCGGAUUCAAACGAUGAUGUUUAUGAUAAUUAUGACGACGACGAUGAUGAUGUUGAUCAGAUAAUAAAUAAUACAUUAAAAAAGAUAAACUAAACAACUGCAGUAAACGUAUGGAGGCGUAAUGAACAACGUACGAUGACAAAAAGCAACAUGGCAAGGAAAAUAACAAAAAGGAGCGUAAAACAACGAUGAC